ACCCUGUACAGCGGAGGCUCUUCAGACCUAUAACGUCCAGGAGGGCGUUGCCUUUAUCUCGUUUGCGGCCUCCCAGAUCUUGCUUUGGCGCAAUUUCUUCGCGAAAUCCCCCUGAUUUCAGCUCCUGAAGAUGGCCGAUCGCCAGGGCGUAUCAUCACCAUCCGCCGCGGCUGCUCCUACACCUCCAUCGUUCCACACUCGCUCCAGUGACCAGGAAGACCUUCCACACGCAACCAAGCGGAAGAUGGCAGACCACCUUAGAAGGCUCGAGACCAUGUUCACACUUACUCCCCAGAGAAUGAGGAUGAUUGUAGAAGCGUUCAAGGAUGCUCUUGAACUUGGGCUGUCGAAGUCUGGUCAAGUUGUGCCUAUGAUACCCACUUAUGUAUUUGGCUGGCCGACCGGAAAAGAAGCUGGAAACUACCUUGCUGUGGAUCUCGGGGGAACCAACCUGCGAGUCUGUCUCGUAACGCUCCAAGGUGGCGGAAAGUGGGAGAUCACACAAACCAAGUACCGUCUCAGCGAAGAGCAAAAACAUGACGAGGGUCAACUGCUCUUUGAUUUCUGUGCCGAGUGCCUCAAGGCCUUUGUUGAGUCCAGCAUUGAGUCAGGAACGAUCCAGAGGGGAGCUGUGUUGCCUCUUGGCUUCACCUUUUCGUAUCCUUGCUCGCAAGACAAGAUUGAUCAUGGAGUGCUCAUCCGUUGGACAAAGGGCUUCGGGGCGCCGAACACGGAGGGUCGCGACGUCGUCGAGAUGUUCAAGAGAAGUCUUGAGAAGCACAAUGUCCCAGCCGAAAUCGUGGCUCUCACGUGCGACACGACCGGUACACUCAUCGCGUCCCAUUACGUGAACUCGGAUACCAAGAUUGCGUGUAUAUUUGGUACCGGCUGCAAUGCCGCAUACAUGGAGCGUGCAAGAGAUAUCCCGAAAAUCAGCUCGCUUGGUAUUGGCUCUGAAGACGAGAUUGCCAUUAACUGUGAAUGGGGUGCGUUUGACUCGUUCGAGCACGAACAUCUCCCUAGGACAAAGUAUGACAUCAUCAUUGACGAGGCCUCAAACAAGCCUGGCGAGCAAGCGUUCGAGAAACUCAUCUCCGGCCGCUACCUUGGGGAGAUUCUUCGGUUAAUCAUUUGCGAGCUCAUUGACGAGGGCGUGCUGUUCCUCGGCCAGAACACCUACAAGAUUGAGAUCCCCUACAGCUUUGAUACGGCGUUCCUAUCCCUUAUGGAGAGCGACCCAACGGAUGAGCUGCUCAUGAUUAUUGGCAUUUUCUCUCAUUUCUUUGCGGUGGAGACGACGCUAGCUGAACGCCAAUUCUUCCGUGCUCUGGCCAAGCUUGUCGGCCGGCGAGCAGCGCGUCUUAGUGCGUGCGGUAUUGCGGCCAUUGUUAGCAAGAUGGGCUACCUAGAGGAGGGGUGUGCCGUCGGCGCUGACGGUUCGCUUUAUAAUAAAUACCCUAAAUUUGCGGAGCGGAUACAUGAAGGCUUGGUAGACAUCUUUGGCGAGAAAGGUCGUGGUAUCACAACCUACCACGCUGAAGAUGGCAGUGGUAUUGGGAGUGCGAUUGUUGCGGCAAUGACGAAAAAUCGGAAGGAAGCGAAUGUCUAUCCAGACUUGUAAUGUUUACAUCAAAAUAUCAAGCAACUUGUAUUUGUACGCGCAGACCAGUUUACAGGGGGUUCAGCUUGCCGUAGGGCGUCACAGUGGAACUCAUCUGUGCUAGAAUUCGAGACCCUGUUUCGUGAAUCGGACUCUCACAUAACGAUAUCCUCGGCUAGCUCAAGCCCCGCAAGUAAAACUAGUCCACCGUUGUGCUUGUAGU